AUGUCCCUGCUAGAUGUUCCGCCUUCCUACGACAGCACCUUGCGUCGUACAAAGUCGGACCGCGCCCACCGUCGCCCAAAACCCAAGAAGUACGUCGCAGACACCAUUGACAGGCUUGACACCACCCCCUUCGGCGGCCCCUACCACCACGGCGGUCCCUACGAUGCCACCAUGAAGUCCUUCAACCUCAACUCCAAAUUGUCGCCCGUCGCUGCAGUGGAAGAAGGAAACAAGGCGGCCUGGAAAGCGACCCCUCGUGAGGCAAAGCUCGAUGCACUUCUGAAGGGCAGGCCGCUCGACGCCACCGCCAGCGUGCCCCCCGGCGAGCGAGCCCUCAACGGCGAACUCAUGGACUACGAGUAUAGUACCGAUAUGCUCAGGGACCCUCACGCCGGAGGUGGCGCCUACAAGCAAUGGCCUGGAGUGAAAUACCAUCCCGACGACCUCAAGGGAAAGGGAGAGCCCGGAUUCACUAUGGACCGGGAACGGCGGGCCAAGAAGGCUAUCGCACGAUCUCAGUCUGUUCGCGAGAGACGUGGCGAAUAUGAGAUGAUCCCCCAGCGACCUCGCCGCGGCAGCGACGUGGAUAAAAAGGACCCUGUGCAGCCCCCCGUCUUGUCAGCCUGGCAGCGGCAGACUCUCCACUUCGGUCAUGAGCACGGCGAGAAGUACUCUGUGCUCACUGUCGACAACCGCGGCAUGGGUGGCUCGGAUAAGCCGCUGAUGCGCUAUUCGACCAGCGAGAUGGCAAGGGACGCCAUCGAAGUCCUCGAACACAUCGGCUGGCUACCGUCCCACGUGCUCUCUCCUCAGUCACUCUCCACCCAGCCCACGCCGCAGCGGACCUUACACGUCCUGGGAAUCUCCAUGGGCGGAAUGAUCGCUCAAGAACUUGCGUACCUGGUGCCCGAGUACGUAAGUACGCUAAAUCUGCUGUGCACCGCCGCGGCCAUCGAGAAUACAACCACGUUCUGGGAAAAUAUGAUGCAGCGCGCACAAAUGCUGGUUCCAAAGAGCUUGGAAGCCAGUGUUAGGAGUGGUGCAGCAAACAUGUUUCCCCUCCCUUAUCUUAGGGGGACGGACGACAUUCACCUGCCAGACCCCAGCUCGGCACCAAAGGUCCAUCCGCCGGGCGGCAAAGGCGGCCAAGGCGAGUAUUUGCAUUUCAACACCAACUACGAGAGAUUUGUGGCAGGCGAGAUGCACAAGCGCCUCGACGCCAAGGGGUUCACUACAAAGGGCUUCCUCCUCCAGCUCAUUGCCGCAGGCUGGCAUCACAAGAGCAGGGAGCAGCUCGGGGAGAUAGCCGACAAGAUCGGUCGUGACCGCAUUCUUGUUCUCCACGGGGAGGCCGACAGGAUGAUCUCUGUGCCCCACGGGAGAAAGUUGCUGGAAUUUCUCGGCGGGAACGAAGGACCGGGCUGA